GUGAAGGAGAGAUUAUCUAUAUAAAUGGAUUGGAUGAUAAUCAUUUUCAAACUUGGCAUUCUUCAGAGAAAACUGGAUAAAAACAAAAAGAUAAUAUUUGCUUGAAAUCUCAAAUAACCUGGAUUCUCCCUAACUUUUGUGUGUUGCAAAUAUAAAAGGCAAGCCAUGUGACAGAAGGACAGAAGAACAAAAGCAUUUGGAAGUAACAGGACCUCUUUUUAGCUCUCUGAAGAGUUUCAGUGAAGGAAGGAGCAGUGCGUUUUCCAAAGGAGGACAUUUCCCUGUGUAUCAGGGGAAGAGGCACGAGCGUUAACUAUUCUGUGUGUCAUCGGGACAAAGAGGAGUUUCCCCGUUACGAAUCAAGAGAUAACGUAUCAGAGCAUAAUGUAAGUGCAAUUCACUGGAACGGAUGCAGCCCUGGGAAAAAAACAGAUGAGGAGGAAAGCCGCAUCAGUCAGCUAUGCAGGAGAUUCUUUGACGGAUUACAAUCUCAACAAACUCUAACUCAAGAAGAAUGACAGUUAAGAGAACUAAACCUGACUUUUCACUCUCCUGGAAAGGAAUGGGAUCUCAAUAUCUGGAGUUUUUUUAAUACUCUAUCUCCCUCUGCUGUUAUCACUGAGAAGUUGUUCAACAAUGGGAAAUCAUGUACUUGCAGCUUCAAUUUCCAUGCUCUCUCUCCUGGCGAUAAUGGGAGACGUGGACAGUAAAACAGACGGUGCCUUCAUGAUCGACUCAGACCCUAGUCGCUGUAUGAGGCAUCACUACGUCGACUCUAUCAGUCACCCGCUGUACAAGUGCAGCUCAAAGAUGGUGCUGCUGGCUCGCUGUGAAGGACGCUGCAGCCAGACGUCGCGCUCAGAGCCGAUGGUUUCUUUCAGCACAGUCCUGAAGCAGCCUUUCCGCUCCACGUGCCACUGCUGCCGGCCCCAGACCUCCAAGCUGAAAGCAAUGCGGUUGCGUUGCUCAGGGGGCAUGAGGCUCACGGCCACUUACCGCUACAUCCUGUCUUGCCACUGCGAAGAGUGCAACUCCUAGGGACACACGUGCCACGGCAGUGGAAGGACAGGGAUGCUGCUGGCAGAGAAGGCUCCCGAGAAGUACCCUAGGUGAGGGCAACGGUCCCAGCAUGUGAUAACAGGAAGGGCAGGACUAAUCAAGCUGGAUUGCAUUUAAGUGCUGGAGCGUAAAAUGUCCUGGGGCUCUGGAUGGUGCCAGUACAGAAGUGCUGUCUGUGACAAAAGCAGGAGGACUUGGUUUUAAGAAAUCUUUUUUUCUGAAAGGAUAUUUUUGUGAGUUUCUUUUUCUUUUCAGGCUCAGCUCUGACUACAGAGAGGUGGUUUUACUUUAAGGCCCAGGCCAACCAGGAAAAAGAGAGGAAGAUGAGCUGGAUGACAGCACUGCAUUCUGGAAGCUGGCAUUUGGACAGAGGAUGGACACUGGUUCCCACAUAUGACCUCUUAACCUACCAACUUAUUCUCAGUUCCUUAGUUAUACUGGGCUUCAAAAUGAACUGUAUUGUCAGUAAGGGUUAUGUUACUAUCAGCCAAGCACUCAAAAACUUCAAUGGUGGUUUAGCAGAAAUUAUAAAUAAAUCGUUGAAAAGUGAACUGGAUAUGUAAUGUAACACUGGGAUUACCUCGCCCUAUCCAGCCGAAAUGCUUGUUUGCAGUGGACUGUAUCACAGUUCAUUAACUAAGUGACUUUUGAAAAGUGAAAGGUCACAAGACUCAUUAUUCCUCCCUAAAAGCCUGGAAAUGUGACACAUCACAUCUGUCACAAAAGCUACUAUUUAAACACUAGUAACUAAUUAAGAUUAAAAUGACAUAUACUAAAUGGAGUCUUUUCUUAACUUGGGUAGAAGAUGUACAAAACUAGAGCCACCAAAAUAAUAAUUAAACCUAGCACUUACUUUCAUCUAUAGCUCUCAGCCUAUUAAGUAUCAUUUUUACCUUUUAAAGAAUCUGAGGCCCAUCUGCUCUCCUAUAGUAAGUUUAAGGCAGAGUUUUGGUCACAGUAGUAUCUGCUGGAUUGCAAAAGCCAUGUUUGGAUUAACACGAUAACUUGCUGCUACCUUAGAUCUAGCCAUCUAAGUGGUUAGAUGAUACCAGUUAUCAUC